AUGUCCCAGAACAACACUAGCAAUGAAUCUCUUCCUGCCACCUCGGGUGAGUGCCCUGUCUGCUAUGAAACAUUUCAGUCUCCAAAAGUGUCACGGCGGAUGCUGAGCUGCGGCCACACUUUUUGCCAUGACUGUUUGGUCAAGUGUCUACUGUCACAUGAUGAAGGCCAUCUGCAAAAUACCCUUACAUGUCCCAUCUGUCGCUUUGUGACCUUUCUCUGCAAGAAAAGGGACUGCUGGCCUUCCAAGCCAGCCCUGAGUCCACCCUCCCUGGAAUUGCCACUCUCACCUUCCUUGUUGCCCUGCGGAGUGCCACUGGGUCCUGCAAAUACUUUGGUGGUCCCUGGCCAUUUCCUCUUGCCACUUCACAGUUAUGACAGACACCAAGCUUUGCAGAGGUAUCCUACCAUGGACUCUGUGGUACGGCCUAGUGGAUUGGAGCGUGAAUCCCAUAUCUUCAUUAUUACUCAGUGUGGAAUGCCACUAAUUGAAGAGAACUAUGUUACAACAGCAGAAAAUCACAGCACUAUGGAAGCUCCUGAAUCAGUGGCACCUCAAACGUCUUUUGGAAUGGGCUGCUUCCAGUCACCUAUUAUUAUGGCCGUUUUCCUUGUCUCUGCUGUCGCUCUGUUGGGGGCUGUACUUCCCUGGCUUGUGCUUGUGAGAAAUAAUGAAUGA